AUGGGUUUCGAUGGCAGUGCUAAUGACUAUCCGAAACGUAUAUAUUCUGAUACAAAUAGAGUUAGUAAUGCCCAUCUUGCUGCAUGCCCAAAAUGGAAUUGUAUAGUCGAAAGUGGCAAAGCCUUACAGCAUAAACUGCAUGAAUAUGAUGCAAUUCUCAUCAGUUUCCGUAAUGAUGGUUUUAAUUAUGAAUAUAAAUCGCGGCCAAACCAGUACGUUGUUUUCUUUGAUCAUACAGCUAAGGAUGACGCACAAGCUACAUCGUUCGGUAAUUUGUUCCAGUAG